AUGUCAGACAAAUUGCAUGUCAAGAAACAUAUCAAGUAUUUAGAACGACACUUAGCUCUUCUACCCUCAAAAUAUCAAGAACACGAACCUAACAAGUUAGCGAUUAUAUGUUAUGCGUUAGUAGGACAAGCAUGUUUAGGGGUGGACGUACCAAAGAAAUAUGAAGAAAGUAAGUCAUGGUUAGAAACUCAUUACAGAGAAUUUAACUUGAACGGCGAUCUCGUUUCUGGGUUUGUAUCUUGUCCAACCAUGGACCUUACCGCUGUUCCGACAAUCAAUCUGCCGAAUACCCUAUUUGCACUAUAUAAUAUGAUUUGUUUGGACAAUUACGAGUUUUUGUUUGAAGGAAUUGAUCGGGACAGCAUUUGCAGAUUUGUUUCAAAAUGUCAAAUACCAGGAAGAGGGACAUUUGUGUCCUGUCUUGAUUCGAUGGAUAAUAGCAUCAGGUCACCCACCGAUUCAAGCGAUUUGAGAUAUUGCUAUAUAGCAGUUGCAAUUUUGAACUUGAUGGGAUGUCAAACAACUGUACAAAUGAGGAAAUACAUUGACGUCGACAACCUGCUUGAAUUCAUCAAAAGCCAUUGCUGCAUGACUGGUGGAUUUGGACAGUAUGGGGAGGCACAUGCUGGCUAUACCUCUUGUGCCUUAUCCAUUUUGGAUAUUAUGGGCGGCGACUGUUGGCAAAUUUUGAGCCCCGACUUUGUCUCAAGAACCAUUGAGUGGUUAGUCAUGAGACAAGUGUCAAAUCAAGGCUGCAUGAAACUUAUGGUUAAUAACGAAAACUAUGACCUUGCAGAUAAUGGAGGUUUUCAAGGUCGGGAAAAUAAGUUUGCAGAUACAUGUUACGUGUUUUGGUGUUUGAACUCGCUAGAAAUUUUGAAUCGUUUUACGAAGCUCGGCACGACGUAUCACAUAGAUGCGUUAAACUAUUUACUUGAAAAUACCCAAAAUGAUGUUAUCGGGGGUUUUGCAAAGAAUGAUGAGGAUGAUCCAGACCCCUAUCACACCUGUUUAGGAAUAGCUGCAAUAUCCUUGAUAAAUGGCAAUUUUAAUGGACCAAUGUUUCUACCAACGACACUUUUAUAUAAAUACCGUACUCACUACGUGCAGUGA